UUUAAUUAACAAAUUCCAAACGUUAGUCAGAGAAGAGUGAUUGAGUAUGCAGCCUGUAAGCAAAAGAUGAGCAGUCAUCGAGGGCCACCGAAGCACCAAAAUCGCUACGCCUGGAAACAAAACGCCGGUGUUAAAAUCAACGAGAAGGAAGUUGGAGGGAAGCUAAGGCCGUUCUCUGAAAUAACUGGAGUUUGCCCUCGAUGCAAAGAACAAAUCGAUUGGAAGCGUCGUUAUGGCAAAUAUAAACCCUUAAAGGAGCCUGCAAAAUGUCAGCUUUGCUCCAAACGUAAUGUGUGUCAAGCCUAUCAUAAUCUUUGUUCUGGUUCGUUUUCUCUGCUAUUAGUUCUUUGA